CGCAUCCUUGUCUAUGGUUAUAAGCAUGUUGGUUAUGUCCCAAUUUGUCUCUCACCUGGUUUUCUGGCAUCGUGUUUACAUGGCGAAGAAUCAGUAACCAAAGAUGAUCUUUUUACAUCUUUUACUUACUACAUAACAGCUGAUGAAAGAGAAGUAAUGGAAAAAUGCUUAUCAGGAGAAGUCGACUGUGAUGAUGAAGAUGUCCUGGACUUGUUGUCAAGCUACAAGUGUUUCAGAAAGGCCACCAAAGAAACAUUCAAAGACAUUUUGUAUGAGCUGGCACACCAGGAAAUAAUACAAAGGCCGCAAUACAUAGCCAAGGCAUGGGGGCCAAUCCUCAAAAUCUUCAGGAAAGAUGAAAACUUUUCCGAUGUUCAGAGCAUUCGGAAACGUUUCUUGGACAUGAAGCCGACUGCAAAGAAGGUUCUUAAAGUUCUCAAACCGAGUAUCAACACUGACGCUGAAAAACAAAGCUUUGAAUUUUUAAAAAAAUUCAUCAAAUCGUUGGAUGCUUCUUCACUGAAAGUGUUUUUGAAAUUUGUCUCAGGAAGUGACGUCCUCAUUCAUAAUGAAAUACAAAUUUCAUUCAUUGAUGUAGACGGGUUGCAAAGAAGACCAAUCUCUCAUACUUGUGGGCCUCUUUUAGAAGUACCUUCCACAUACCAAUCCUACAAUGAGCUUUGUGAAGAGUUCACAAGUGUGSUAAGAGACAAGCAGUCAUGGACAUUUAACAUUGUAUAAGCGUUAU